AUGAUGUUCGUCUCUGGAGAGACUGCCGAGCCAUCAGUGGAAACAACUACUCUGAUAGAAGAGAUCGUUCGCCAGCAAGUCGUUGAGAUUCUCGCUCGUAGUACAACGCUGGCUACCCGUCGAGGAGUCCGCUCUAUCUCGACUGAUGAUUUGAUCUUUCUCAUUCGCCAUGACAAGGCCAAGGUAUCACGCCUGAAAACUUUCCUUUCCUGGAAAGAUGUCCGCAAGAAUGUCAAAGACUCGGAUGACAAAGGUGGUGCCGACGCUGCCGAAUUUGCAGGAGCCGAUGACCCCCUUGCGGGAGGUGUCGUCGCCGGACCGCAAGAUGUCGCUUCAAAGCCGAAGAAUAAGAGGGCCCGUGUUGGUCUCGCAUGGGAUGUGAACAGUUUCUACUCGAUCCAGGUUCCAGAGCGAGAGGAUGAGGAAGACGAAGAGGAGGAAGAACAGAAUUAUGCAACCCUCCAGCGCCUUGCUGCAGCAGACGAGCGAACCAAGAACAUGACGAAGGAAGAAUACGUGUUCUGGUCCGAAUGUCGUCAGGCAUCCUUCACCUAUCGUAAGAGCAAGCGUUUUCGUGAGUGGGCUGGUUUUGGUAUCGUAACCGAAUCGAAGCCCAACGACGAUAUUGUCGAUAUCCUUGGUUUCCUCACGUUCGAGAUCGUCCAGACUUUGACUGAAGAAGCCCUUAAGGUCAAAGAACGCGAAGACCGAGAGAAGAAUCGGCGAGGAGGCGCUGAAAAUGGCUCCGGUGAGAAUACUAAGAAGCGGAAGCGUGAAACAGGUCUCUUCGACCCUCCCGAGGAGGGACGAACUCCAGUUGAACCGAGGCAUAUCCGCGAGGCAUAUCGUAAACUUCAAGCGACUCCGAACAAGAACAUUGCAAUGCUUCUCCAUAAUGGGCGCGUCCCAGCACGGAUGCCUUUGAGACUGGUAAGGCCAUCCAUUCGGCUUUGA